AAAUUCGGUGCAAGAACCCACGUGUAGAGAUGAGCGAAGAAGUGGUGUUGUCUUGUGUGUCUAGUUCUGGCGGUAAGGGAGUCAAGAUAGCUGCCUGGUCACCUGGGAAAGGUGCUAUCCAGCGGACCUACAGCAGCGAGACCGAGGGGGGCGGGGCUGCACUUGCCAUGCUGGGGAAGACACACAUUAUGUGUGCCUUGAAGAGCAUCCCGUUCAUUUACGUGUGGCACGUGAGGAAGGAGCAAGUUCUGAUGAAGAUGGCGUGUCCAGGCCUCGUGAGAGCUCUGGCUGUAAGUCCUGACUGCGUCUACUGUGCAGGAGCCAUUGCUGACAAGAUUCACAUCUGGCAGGUGUCAACAGGUCACCUGUUGGCAGUGGAGGGUCGACACUACCAGCCGGUGUCAGUCCUGCUGUUCACUGAUGAUGGACAGUCCCUGGUGUCUGGAGGAGAGGAUGGCAGAGUUCUCGUGUGGAGCCUUCAGCGGUGCACCACUCUCCUUUCUCACAUUCCCUUCUCUCGUCACUCUCCUCUCCUUUCUCGCUAACUCAGGUUGGUCUCGCAGGCAUUUGACUCUAGUGGUGUCUCCCUGCCUCACUCUGAGAAUGUUUCCAUGGGAACUAGACCACACCCACCUGUAUUACAUCACACCUGGAGUGACCACGCCCUCCCAGUAACGUCUCUCCACUGUGGAGCUGGAGGACUGAGAGCAAGACUUGCCUCUGCCUCUCUCGACCAAACUUGUAAGCUCUACGACAUGGCUUCCGGGCAACUCCUCUGCUCAGUUUUGUUUGGGUUUUCCCUCACUGCUGUUGCCAUGGAUACAGCGGAGCAGUGGCUGUUUGUGGGUGGAGCUACGGGAAGAAUUAGUCGUGUCAAUUUAACAUUGCAGCGGAUGGCUCCAUUGCAUGGCAUGUCAGCUGCAAGUAUGGCAGACAGUGGAUUCAAAGGACACACGCAGGCGGUGACGAGUCUGGCAGUGUGUGAUUGUGGACUGGCGUCUGGAUCAGAGGACGGGACAUGUAGGCUCUGGGACAUUGCCAGUGGUCAAGCUACUAGAGUCCUCCAGAUGAAAGGAGGAGUGGUUCAAUCGCUGGUAGUGUGGGGUGUGGCUCUGUCGGGACAUGGCAAAAAGACAGGUCCAGAAUCUCAGAGUGUGUUCAUCGCUCCAUUUCACAAACAGCUGCUGUACACCGACAAGAACACUGCUCUGGACUGUGGACAGUUUGUGCUGCGUCGCACCAUCGAUCCGCUCUCUGAUUUUGGUGAGUCUGAAGUAAUGUUCCGAGUGUUUUGUGAAUUGUAUUGCAGCAAGUCUGGAGUGUGAGGCUGGGUUGAGUGUGGGUCAGUUGGCCCCAGGUCCUCCAGAAGAUGGAGAGGCAAUGCAAGUCCACAGGCUGAGGGAAGACAUGACUCAUCUCAGGGACAUCAACAGAGCUCUCUACUCUCUGUUGUCAGAGAGAACUGCUCUAUCUCUCUCACACUCCACUGAUUGAUAUUAACUGUUUCAUAAUCAUUGAACUCACUAACAGUCAUUUUCUAGCUGCUGUAAAAAGAUGCAAAACUUCAGUGGCCUAUAUAAACCUAAAGCUUCCAAGCAUGUAAGAGUAGUGCAAAAGCCAUACUUGAAGUGUCUUAGUGUCUAGCACUGUAUAUAUAUAGAUGAAGGUUUCUAAACUUGGUUCAGACUGUAUAACAUACAACCAUCUCUUGUUAAAAACACACAAAACAGAGCAAUCAAAUGGGGGGUGUGUGGUGCCAUG